GUUGGUUCAUUCUGGGGGCCAACGGUGUCAGUCAGGCCUGCCCCAUCCAAGACUCACCAGCACCCUCCACGUUGCUGGGGUCCCCCCACUCUGGACCCCCUGGGCCACCGAAUAUCUCCCCUGCCCUUCCCCAGGCUGGCUACCAUGGUGCCCUCGGGGCUGCUGCCCGGGGUCUGCAGGACUUCACCCAUCGCCCUGCUUCUGGUCUGCUGUCUGCUGCCCCCAGGUGCCCAGGGACAGCAGUUCCCGCUGAGGCUGGAGGUCCAGAGCCCCGUGGUGCCUGCCGGAGGGUCCUUGUUGGUCAACUGCAGUACAGAUUGUCCCAAUCCUAAACUCAUCACCCUAGAGACAUCCCUAUCCAAGGAGCCAGUGGGCAAUGGCCUGGGCUGGGCAGCCUUCCAGCUCAGCAAUGUGACUAGUAACAGCCAGGUCCUCUGCUCCGGCUUCUGCAGUGGCACCCAGAUGACAUCCUCCUCUAACAUCACAGUAUACCGGUUCCCGGAGCGAGUGGAGCUGUUACCCCUACCCCGCUGGCAGCCCGUGGGCGAAAUCCUCACUCUGCGCUGCCAGGUGGCCGGCGGGGCGCCCCGGGACAGCCUCUUCGUGGUGCUGCUCCGCGGGGAGGAGGAGCUGAGCCGGCACCCGGCCUCUGGGGAGCCCGCCGAGGUCGAGGUCACGGUCCCGGUGCUGGCGGGCAGAGACGACCACCUCGCCAAUUUCUCCUGUCGCACGGACCUGGACCUGAGGCCCCAAGGGCUGAGACUGUUCCAGAACAUCUCGGCCCCCAGGCAGCUCCGAACUUUUGCACUGCCCAUGACCACUCCACACCUCGUUGUCCCUCGGUUCUUGGAGGUGGGAACGACUUGGUCGGUGAACUGCACCCUGGACGGGCUGUUCCCGGCCUCCGAGGUCCAGGUCCAACUGGCGCUGGGGAACCAGACUCUGAAUUCUACAGUCGAGAGCCACGGGAACAUGAUCACGGCCACAGCCACAGCGAGCGUGGAGCAGGAGGGCACCCAGGAGAUUGUCUGCAACAUGACAUUGGGGAGCGACAGCAGGGAGGCCCGGGAGAACUUGACCAUCUACAGCUUCCAGGGGCCCAUCCUAAACCUGAGUGAGCCCAGCGCCCCCGAAGGAACCGCAGUGAUUGUGACUUGCUUGGCCGGACCCCGAGUCCAGGUCACGCUGGAGGGACUUCCAGCUGCAGCCCCUGGACAGCCUGCCCAGUUUCAGCUAAACGCCACCGAGAGGGACGACAGGCGCAUUUUCUUCUGCAAUGCCAGCCUCGAGAUGGAUGGGAGGAUCUUACACAGAAACAGCAGCGUCCAGUUGCGUGUCCUAUAUGGUCCCAAGAUUGACCAAGCCAAAUGUCCUCAGCGCUUGACGUGGAAAGAUAAGACUCUCAAUGUCCUGCAGUGCGAGGCUCGGGGCAACCCGGACCCCCAGCUGCACUGUUUCCAGGAAAGCUCCGGGCUCGAGGUGCCCAUCGGGAUCCCAUUCCUCGUCAGAUUAAACUAUAGUGGUACCUACUCCUGCAAGGCGGCCAGCUCACGAGGCACACACACUACGAUUGUGGUGAUGAACGUUCGGGAUCGGAACUCCCGCGCCGUCACCAUCGUCCUGGGGGUGUUAGUGGUCCUGGGCCUGGUGACUAUUGUCGCGGCCUUACUGUGUGUCUUCAGUGUGCAGAAGCGGAGUGACAUCUACCAUGUGAACCAGGCGAGCACUUGGUUGCCCCUGACAUCUAAGCAGCCCGAGGUGGCUACGGGGGAGGAUCCAUCCUGAGCCUCCAGCUGGGAGAAUGCUGGACCAAGGACGAUGGGGCUUUGGCUGUAUCCCCGGGUUCCGCACCAAUAAAGCGCUCAAAA